AGAAAAUGGCAAAUACCCAAACACCGAGAUCAAGUUCUUAGUCAAAAUAGGAAAUACUCAGAUACCCAGAUCGAAUUCUUAGUCAAAAAAAUCUCAAGAAACAGAUUAAACUGAAAGAUAAAAAGGGGAUGGCGAGUGGGAGCGUGGAGAGCCUGGAUCAGUUGCCGACGGCCCUUUUGGCUACCAUCAUGACCAAGCUCGACAUCUCUUCCAUCUGCUCACUGGCCGUCACAUGCAGGACUUUCAAUUCCUGUGCUUUUCAUAUCCUCUCUUUUCUUCCCAAUUUUCACAUCCUUGAGAUCUCACCGUCUAUGGGACUAAUGAAGCCAUUGUUGCCACCAAAUCCUCACCUUAAAAGCUUAAAGCUAGAUUGUGGUCAGCUUAAUGAUUCAUCCAUUGAGCUAUUACUUCGACCUUCUUUACAUGAACUUUGCUUGCACAAUUGUUCAGAUUUUAGUGGAAAAGUACUCUCCGAAAUCGGAUCACGUUGCAAGGAUAUAAGGUCUCUCUACUUGGGUCAGUGGCCGAGAAAAGGGGUCGGAGGGUACUUAUUUCUGAUCUGGAGGAAUUACUCAGUGGCUGCUCGCAAUUAGAAGUAAGGCUUAUUUAUGAAAGUAAUGAAUGAGGAAAAGAUUAAUGAAAGAUUAAAGACAACUUUUUGUUAAUACAUUACACCUAAAUAUGGAGCCAAUUAGUGGUUUACUUGUAGGCUUUAUUUCUGAAGGUAAUGAAUGAGACAAAAGGUGUAAAAGAUUAGUGCAAGAUUAAAGGAAAUAUUGUUAAUACAUUAAACGUAAAGAUAGAACCAGACAGGUUGGCAAUUUUCUCGAAGGCUUGUCUGUGAAAGUAAUGAUUAUGAAUGAGAACGGUGUAGAAGUCUAUGAAAGGUUAAUUGAAAUUUUUGUUAAUCAUAAAGAUGGAACCGGUUAGUGAUUUUGGUCUAGACUAGAUAAGUCCCUAGUAUUUUAAUUCAAUGAUCAAAGGCAACUAAUCAGGAAGAAAAUGAGAAAGCUCGAAGGGAAGAGUUUCAUAAGACCUAGAAUUUGUAGUUUCCUACUUUUCAGAGAAAAAAAAAUUCUAGAUUCAAGACAUCUGCUUAUGAUUCUGUUGAUGAUGUUGUAUGCCUGGUUUUGAAAGCCAGUUUAGCACCUCUUAAGGGUUAGCCUUGGACUAAAAGCGGCGGCAAUAAAUGCUUGGCCUUUUCAAGGAAUACUUCAUAGCAAUGGAUAAACCUCACUACAAAAAUCACUCAUUGAAGAUCACAUGUAGUUUCCACUGCCUUGUUGGUGGGUACACAACCAAACCCUGUGCCCUGAAAGCAUUCAGAGCAACUCAAAGGUUCCCUUUCCUUUUCUUUUCGCACUUCUUCUCACUCCCUUUGCCUAGAACAAACGAGAGUCUCCCUUUUAUAGUGCAAGCUCUUUCUCACUUGUCAACACUCAAUCUGUCAACCAUCAUUGAUCAUCUUCUAAUUUCAACCAAUCAUCAAAAUGGCUUGAAAUUCCGUGUCCCAACAAAUCUCCAGAAUGGCUUUAAAUUCCGCUAAGCUGUCUUUUUCAAGAAAUAAUCUCUUCAAUACCUACCAACAUGGGAUUAUUGACUUCUAAAGAAACCACCAAGCUUUACUGUUUGAAUAUAUGGAAAUGCAUUUAGCCUUUCUAUGGAAUGAACUUAUAUGUCUUGUCUUGAUACUUUCAGAUUACCAUAUUUGAAGCCAAUAGAUCAUUCAUAUCUAUAUAGAUGAUUGAAAGGAAAUAUUUAUUUAGUUCCCAAAUUUGCCAGGGUGGGUGCAUUUGCUUUCUCAUAGACCAUUCUGAUAAUUGGUUGCUUAUUGGCACUGAAAACUGUUUGAUUGAAAGUAAAUAUUCAUUUAGUUCCUAAAUUUACCAGGGUGGGUGCAUUUGCUUUCUCAUUGAUGAUUCUGAUAAUUGGUUGCUUAUUGGCAUUAAAACUGUAUAUGUUUUAUGUGCAAAUUGUACUCGGUACAC